GCUGAAGUCCUGUUAUCACGUGACCGGUGACGCGUCCCCGCCCUGGGCGGGAGAGAGAGAGAGAGAGAUACGCUGACUGUGACAGUGACAGGACUCAGUGGAGAAUCUAUAAAGCAAUGAAGAAGAAAAAGAGGGUGACAGGUGCCAGGAAAAGACUUGGAGGGUCAACUCUGGAACCUGAGCCUUCUGAACAGAGUCUUCCGUAUCAGGAGCCUACAGAAAAGCCUAUGAUGCAGGCUGGUGCUUCUCAGGAGAACAACAUGAGACGUGAUGCUCUAUUGCUGAGCUUGUCACGGCCUGAAGGCCUGCAGCCUGGAUCCUGGUUGGCUACCAUCGAAGAUCCGCUGCACCCCAAUAAUCUGAACGUGUCUUCUUCAUGGCCGCUCUCUGCAGUGCUCCCAACCUGCCACCAGGGGGACCGCAAAGGAACUGAUGGUGAAGGCAGCUCAGCCCUACAUGUGACGUCCUUCGCGGAAACCACUCAGUCCUCUACUGUAGACCAAGUCCGAGAUAGGUCUGUGGAGUGCAGCCCCUGUGUUACGUUGCUCAAUCUGCCUGAAAGUGGCACCUGCGAGACAUACCCUGAAGUGUCGCUGAUUGGCACGUGCAGCGAAUGGACAUCCGCCAUAACAUCCUUAUCCGGCUUACAUACUAAACGUUCCUGCCUAGAAGGAGACAACGCAAUGACACUAGAGCUGAGCCCCGUUUUAUCAGCCGUGUCCAAUGUACAUGUCCAGCUGCCCCUGGACGCAGAGCCGAGCACGAGUAUUCCACAGACUCUUUCCCCGAUACAGACAGAUAAAUCCCAGCCCGAUCCACAGGAUACUCAGGGCAUAAGGAACACAUCCUGCUUUUCAGACUGGGGAGAGAAUUUACCGGAGCAGGGUCUGAACUUUUCCCAUGAUCAGAAAUUGAUGGUUUUACUGUCACCAAAACGUGAUCAAAAAGCCAAUAAAGACCUUGCUCCCCCAUGUGAAGGAGACCCUACUACCGUAUAUGAAGGACACCCUACCCCCCCAUGUGAAGGAGACCCUCCCCAUCUAUAUAUAGGUGAACCUACCCCUCAAUAUGAAGGAUGCCCUAAUUCCCCCUGUGAAGGAGAACAUGCGCCCCCAUGUGAGAGAGAUCUUAUGCCCCCAUGUGAUGGGGACUCUGCCACCCGAUGUGAAGGAGACCCUGCCCCCCCAUGUGAAGGAGACCCUACUCAAUGUGAAGGAGACCCUACUCCUCAAUGUGAAGGAGACCCUACUCCCCCAUGUGAAGGAGACCCUACUCCCCCAUGUGAAGGAGACCCUACUCCCCCAUGUGAAGGAGACCCUACUCCCCCAUGUGAAGGAAACCCUACUCCUCAAUGUGAAGGAGACCCUACUCCUCAAUGUGAAGGAGACCUUACUCCUCAAUGUGAAGGAGACCCUACUCCCUCAUGUGAAGGAGACCCUACUCCCCCAUGUGAAGGAGACCCUCCUACCCCAUGUGAAGGAGGCCCUAUUCCUCAAUGUGAAGGAAACCCUAUUCCUCAAUGUGUAAGAGACCCUACUCCCCCAUGUGAAGGAAACCCUAUUCCUCAAUGUGAAGGAAACCCUACUCCUCAAUGUGAAGGAAACCCUACUCCUCAAUGUGAAGGAAACCCUAUUCCUCAAUGUGAAGGAAACCCUACUCCUCAAUGUGAAGGUGACUGUACGCCCCCACAUGAAAGAGACCCAAUCCUGGUACAAGGAAGAGGCUCUGUGUUGGAAGAUUCAGGAGAACCAGCAACAGUCCUAGACGUGCCUGACAGUCAGCUACUGGGAGCCCUGGAGGAGAGCUUCUGUGAGCUUGGCCAGAAUGUGGAUGACACUGUCACUAACCGAGAGACCUCCGCAUCUGGCAAACUGGCAAUGCCGCAGGGUGACACCGCACAGCCGACUCUCCUAGCGACUGCGGCAUCACGGGGGUCAGUGUGUCAGCUCUACCAGGCAUUUCUUUCCUUGUAUCCUCUGCAGACAGCCGGAGAGCAGAGGGGAAGAUGCAUCAUCCACUGUCCAAGGACUGAUAACGGAGCUGUCAAAUCUCAACCGUCUUAUUAUGAGCACUUACCGAGAACUCCGACAGAAGAGGGUCAGGUUUACCCCAGGAAGAGGGGCGGCGAGUGGGAAGAGACGCCGGGAAAUGUGACACACCUGUCUACCUGUCCUUUCUACGUUGUUGGAACAAAUAAAUAUACAUUGUUGUUUUAUCCAUCAAGUAAGUGGUCCUCUCUCGCCUAUACACUAGGUGGAGACAGACAUGCGGUGGGCUAGAUCAGUAUUCAGCCUGCAGUUCACUAGUAACUUGUGACACCAGUGAGGCAUGAGGUAGUAAGUGCCUCGUGUCUCAGUGAUGUCACUAGCCCGUACUGAAUUAGAGACUGUGGCCACUGAGAGAGAGAAUGUGCUGGCUGCUCUUUUAUCCCUUUAUUUCUUGAACUCAGAAAUGUACAAAUAUCCGGUUACUCCCAUGUAACAGGUCUCUGUGGUGGGGUCACCCUCUGCCGUAUGGCUCUGAUAGGUUAAAUGUAUGACACUAUCACUCUGGGUCUUUGUCUCCGAGACCUCCUGACUCUCAGGUUUUCUUACAGACCAAUCUCUGAGUCCACCUUUUUGCUAUUUAACCCUUGGGGUGGUCUUGUAUAACUGGGUACACAUUAAACAAUGUGUACCCAGUGCGAUAUGGUCAGCGACAGGGGGGGGGGAAUGUCACCCGUUGGACCCGCAUGCAGGUCCGGCUGAGGAUGUCGCUGACGACACGUGAGAGCGAGCAUCGUAAGAGACAUGAAAAAGAGGGGGAUGGAAGGAUCACCUAUUUGGCGCAAAGCAGCCCAUACACUGAAAAUAUCAAAGUAAAUGUCACCACAUCUAUAUAACAAAUUCAGAAAGAAAGGAAAGAAGAUAUUAAUCUGUGUCCAGGGCGUUCUAACAUAAAAUAUCACUAUGUAUAAACAGAUGAAUAAAAAAUGGAAUGAAAUACA